UCAUCACAGUCAGGGUUUGUUUUGUCUUUGAUUAGUUCGUCGUGGAAAUUUGUGAAAGGCAGUCGUGUACUAUGUCGGAACCUUAUAAACUUGGUGAUUUAGUUUGGGCUAAAAUGAAGGGGUUCAGCCCUUGGCCCGGCCGGGUAGCCAUUCCUACUCCAGAGCUCAAGCUCCCUAAGAAGGCGACAAAUGUCCAAUGCAUCUACUUCUUUGGAACUAACAACUACGCCUGGAUAGAGGAGAAUAACAUUAAGCCGUACCAGGAGUUCAAGGAGCAGCUCAUCAAGUCGUGCAAGACCGCCGCCUUCAAGGAGGCCGUCAACCAGAUCGAGGAGUUCAUCGAACAUCCUGAGAAAUUCGGUGACUUGGACGACCACGCGCGCAACGCUGAAGAGGAGUUCGACAAGCUUAAGGACGUGCUUGAGGAGGAGGAGACGCGCCAGGCGCACGACGAGCCGGAGGAAGGUUCCUCGCCCGAGGUCAAGAAGAAGAGUGCCACCCCUAAGAUACGUUUGGGCAUUUCAAAGGUGAAGCCUAUAAAACGGUCGUCGUCGGCCGGCACCAAGGGCACGCCCCGCAAGAAGGCAAAGAGCAGCGGCGCGCGAUCCUUCACCGAUUCAGACCUCGCCACCGAGAAGCCCUCGAUGCUCAACCACUCGUUCUCCAAGAAGUCCAGCUUGCUGCAUCGCCCCUCCAACAUUCUGCGACCCGAGACUCCUCCAUUGGACCUGGAGAACGUCUCCGAGACUCUGCUGGAGAAGAACAUCAAGGCCAGCCAAAUGAAAUUCGGGUUCCUCGGACUCGGCAUCAUGGGCAGCGGCAUCGUCAAGAACCUGCUCAACUCCGGACAUAAGGUCGUGGUGUGGAACAGGACGGCUGCCAAGUGCAAAGACUUCGAGAAAGUGGGCGCCACCAUCGCCGUGACACCGUGCGACGUCGUGGAGGAAGCAGACAUCACCUUCUCGUGCGUGGCCGACCCUCAGGCUGCGAAGGAGAUGGUGUUCGGCAACUGCGGAGUGCUGCACUGCCCGACUUUGGAGUCAAAGGGCUACGUGGAAAUGACGUCGAUUGACGCCGACACCUCGCACGACAUCGUCGAGGCCAUCAGCGGGAAGGGCGGCAGAUACCUGGAGGCACAGAUCCAAGGCUCGAAGACACAAGCGGAGGAGGGCACGCUGAUCAUCCUGGCGGCCGGCGACCGCUCGCUGUUCGACGACUGCCAGUCGUGCUUCAAGGCGAUGAGCAAGAACUCCUUUUACCUUGGCGACAUCGGCAACGCGUCGAAGAUGAAUUCGGUGCUGCAAGUGGUGGGCGGCGUGUCGCUCGCCGCGCUGGCCGAGGGGCUCGCGCUGGCCGACCGCGCCGGCCUCAACCAGGCCGACCUGCUCGACGUGCUCGCGCUCACGCCGCUGGCCUCGCCGCACCUCAUCCUCAAGGGCCGAGCGAUGAUCGAGUCGAUGUACUCGACGCACCAGCCGCUGUCGCACAUGCAGAAGGACCUGAAGCUGGCGCUGGGGCUGGGCGACGCGCUGGAGCAGUCGCUGCCGCUGACGGCGACCACCAACGAGAUCUUCAAGCACGCCAAGCGCCUCGGCUACGCCAACCACGACGCCGCCGCCGUCUACAUUCGAGCGCGUUUCUGAUCGCCGGCCGCGAUCGCUGCCAUCGCUGCCAUCGCUGCCGUCGCCGCGCUGUAUCUUUUUGCACCUGAUCUAGACGCGUUCAUGGAUAUACCCCUGGACUGAACGGUACAGGUGACGUUUUAUAGAACUCUUAAGUAUGUGUUGAAUAAGUUUCAUGAGGUUGCGCACGCGCAUAAAGAUGUGACAGAUGUUUUGCUUACUUAACUCUUAAGUAUGAAUGUUGAAUAAGUUUCAUGAAGUUGCGCACGCGCAUUAAAAUGUGACAGAUGUUCUGCUUACUUCACUUCGUUUGCAUUAGACUAUGUGGUAGCUGAUAAUUGAAUAUUGAUGUUUUUCGAACGAUUUUAAUGAAAUCUACUAUUGGUUUAUAGAACGUUAUGUAUCAUGUUGCGACAUCAGUCUUUCUGCUAUCCCUUAAACUGUUGACAGUGUGGCAAUUUUAUAUCUGUAUAUUAUUUUACUCUUUAGUGUACAAAAUUGAAACAAGCCUAAUUUUACAAUAUCCUUUUUAACAGAAUUACUACAGCUGUCAUCAACUAAUCAAUAGUAGAUAUUCAUAAAAUUACAAUACAUAAUACACUAAAUAGCACAGAAAAAUAGUAUGUAUGAUGCAAUCUUGAGCUAUUAUCAUUUCUUUUCAAUACAAAAGCAAUUAACUGCUUUUUUAGCAUAAUAAAGAGUGGAAAUUAAUACUAUUAAUUUGAUCUAUCCCACGUGGUGGUAUGUAAACACUAUUUUCAAUUUAGUAGAGAUGUCAGCAGCGAUGUCUUGUGGCUUUAUUUCAAUAUAUUGCGAUAACAUUGUUUGCCGAUUUCUUCAUUAUUUUAAUAACAAUUGACGUAAAAUUCUACAUGACCAAAUUGUAAAUAAAAUGUAUGUUAGUCCAAAAGAAUAUUUGCAACAUUUAUUGCUUCAUACAUUUAUCAACAAAAAGUGUAGAUAGACAGAUACAUAUUUUCUGUUGUGUUCAGUGAAAUCCAUUUUUGCGGAAUGGGUUUCUUGACUCUAGCUUGUAUAUGAAACGUCCUAUAGUAUAAAUAAAUGUAUUAUGCUACCUUUUAAUAUAAGUUCUUAUGUUUGUACUCAGUAUAUCCCUGGAAUAAAUGGGAAUGAUUUCUGCUCAAGGAAAAAUGCUUGCUUAAAAUGAUGUGGUGGAAAUUAUGUUUCCUUCUUAAUGUAAUGUUCGUAUAAUAUGGUUGGCGCUCGCUUGCGAUACGGCAGCAUGGGCUCGGCGGCUGGAGACGUCUCAAGGGUAAGUUUUGACAAAUUAGAAAUAAUAGAGUAAAUAAUGUACAGUAACUGUACAAUUUUGCGUUUUAAUUGUAUGCACUGAAAAUGUAGUCCUGGCAACACUCUGAAUUGGCCUUUUACUUUGUAUGCCGAUUUACAAAUACAUGUUUAAUUUUUGUCUAAAGAUUUUAAUCAUCAUUAUUUCAUAUCUAAUUUUAGAUAUGGCAAUUUUUCAGUGUUGCCAGGACAUUUAAAAUAUAAAAUCUAUCUCUCGCAGGGAAAUCUAUUUAAUAUAAAUGAAGAUUAAGAAUUUAGUGUUACACAUUAUACAAGGAUAGGUAAAAUAUAUUAAGUAUGAGAUUCUUCUUGUAACGGACUUUGGAACUAUACAACUUAGUUUUUUAUCAAUCAAAAAUAGUUUUAAUGAUUAUUUGUCCUAAUUUUAAUAGAAUCAUUGUGACCUCUUUAAUAAUUCUCCAAUAUCAGUUAGUUCUUAUUUUAGCUUAAUGAAUUGAGCAAGCACAUUUUUAAGUAAAUUAGUUUAUAAGUGUGCGUUUCAGCACUUUAUGUGUAGUGUUAAGGACCAUUAACUUUAAAUGUUAGUACAUACAUAACUUCCAAAGUGUCUUACAUUUGUUGCAUUUAUGUUUGUAUGUAUUGCCACAGUUUGGGUGUAUGAGUUUAAACUUUUAAGAUCUGUUUUGUUUAAUUCAAGAUUAAAUCAGUUACACAAAGCUUUUAUUUUAAAACGCUUCAUAAUAACUGUAAAUUUUUGUAAUUGUUCCUGAAUUAUUUCUUAUACCAAGAGACUAUAUUUGUCUAGCUGUAGUUUAACAACAAAAUUAAGCAUUUAAAAGGGUGUUGUAAAAUAAAUUAAAUGUUGUGUAGCAGACAAACAUAAUACUUAUUUGAUGUGAAAUGUAUUAAAAGUAGUUACAUACAAAAUGCUGUACAUUGGCAACAAAUUGUUUCAUAUUUCAUUGUGUAAAUGACUGACAUGAUCAUAUGAAGUAAAUAAAUAAUUAUAAUUUA